AUCAAAGAGCCGGAAAGUGAUCAGUCAUUAACUGAACCCAACAUGGCUAAUGAAGGAUCUCCCGAUUCCCAGCUUCCAAGGUCGGAGCAUAAAGUGAAGAGUUUUGAAGCUGAAUCUGACGGUGACGACUGCGGCCUAAGCAAUCCGAAUGGUCUGGACGCUGAUUUGGAAGUAAAAGCAGAACAGGCAAGGUGUGGUGAAUUUCCCUGGGCGAUCGCUGUCUUCAGUAACGGCAAAUACCUAGGUGGCGGCUCCCUAAUCGCCCCUGGAGCUGUGCUCACUGCUGCUCACUUGCUGCGUGGGAAAUCCGAAGCCAAUAUUGUGGUCAGAGCUGGAGAGUGGGACCAGUCCAUCGCAGUUGAGCGGUUCCCCCAUGAAGAGCGCAGCGUGAAAGACUUGGUGCGCCAUGAGGAAUUUAAUUACUCAUCUGGAGCCAAUAACUUGGCGCUUCUCCUUUUGGAGACACCGUUCGAAAUCCAAGAGCAUAUCCGGACCAUUUGCUUGCCCAAGGAGGUAAAAUCCCUUGUGGGAAAACGAUGCAUGGUUGCCGGAUGGGGAAGGCAGUCGUACCCUGAGAAGUAUAACUCGGACAUCCUGAAGAAAAUCGAAUUGCCCAUGGUAAGCCGUGCCACCUGCCAGAGACAGUUGAGGAACACCGUUAUGGGGCGCACUUUCUCCCUGGCUCCUAGCUUAAUUUGUGCCGGCGGCGAGCUCGACAAGGAUGCUUGUUUGGGCGAUGGCGGAUCUGCCCUGUUCUGUGCUCUCGAAAAGGAUCAGGAUCGCUACGAGCAGGUGGGCAUCGUCAACUGGAGCAUUGAAUGCGGCAAGAAGGACGUCCCGGCAACCUACACUAAUGUGGCCAUGUUCAAGGACUGGAUUGAUCGGCAGUUGGAGCGUCAUUCAGAGUCAGACGUUCAAUAUGAGCCGUUCAGUGAUUACCAAAGACUAAUGGUAAGAGUACCAACUAUUAGACCACAAAGACAUUUAGAGGAAAUCAUAAUCAAAUUGUAA